AUGGCCCGAGGCGGCGCCCUCCUGCUCGCCGCGCUCCUGCUGGCCACAGCCCUGACCGCCAGUCUGGGACUCGGGUCACCGGGAAAGGAGAAGAGAGGCUGGACCCUUAACAGCGCCGGCUACCUUCUGGGCCCACAUGCCAUUGACAACCACAGAUCAUUUAGCGACAAGCAUGGCCUGGCUGGCAAGCGAGAGCUCCAACCUGACGACGAAGCAAAGCCAGGAAGCUUUGACAGGUCCCUGCCUGAGAGCAGUGCUGUGCGCACAAUUCUUGAAUUUCUGACUUUCUUGCAACUCAAAGAGGCCGGGGCCCUUGACAGCCUGCCUGGCCUCCCCUUGGCCGGCUCCUUGGAGGACACAGAACAGUCCUGA